AAAAUAAUUUGUUUUUUUUAGAUUUAUAGUUUUCGGAAUGGGUCGUAUGCACACGCCUGGUAAAGGCAUUUCAAAGAGUGCUUUGCCUUAUCGACGAACACCUCCUGCCUGGUUUAAGCUAAGUAUCAAAGAUGUUAUGGAGCAGAUAUGCAAUUACGCUCGGAAAGGUUACUCUCCUUCUAAAAUUGGUGCCAUUUUAAGAGAUAGUUGUGGAGUUACGAAAGUUGAACGUAUUACCGGAAACAAAAUUCUUCGCAUUUUAAAAGCUAACGGUCUUGCACCUACUCUUCCUGAAGAUUUAGUUGCUCUUAUUCGAAAGGCAGUCACAAUCCGUAAACAUCUUUCUCGGAAUAGAAAGGAUAAAGAAUCAAAGUUUCGCUUAAUCCUCGUUGAAUCUCGUGUACAUAGAUUAGCUCGAUAUUAUAAACGUGUGGGACAAAUUCCGCCCAACUGGAAGUAUGACGCAAGUACAGCCAGCUCAAUGUUAAUAUAAACUUGUGAAGAAGUAACUUACUUUUGACUUCAUAAACCUAAAAGUUUUCGCCUUACUUUAAUGUUACUUUAAGUUAUAUAUAUAUUAUUAAACCUUCCACUAAAACUAA